ACAGGGUUGCGUUUCUGCGUGCCAGACCCAGUCUCCAGCACUGGUCCCCCUGAUGGCAGUUUGUACAUCCCUGUGAAACCUGCCAAGCUGGACGCCACAGCUUUGCACGACUGCACUUUGGCUGCCACUGUGCCCCCUUCAGAGCCAACGAACCAUGCAGUCCUAGCCUGUGACACAGGCAUCCAUGAAGAGCACUAUGUAAGUGAAGCAGUGGAAAAUGAUGUGCCGGACUACAGAGAAUACAGAGAUGCCUGCACCAUUACUGAUGUGUGCAAUAGUACUGAUCUUCCUGAAGUUGAAAUCAUCAGUCUGCUGGAAGAACAGCUGCCCCAUUACAAGCUGAGAGCAGAUACAAUCUAUGGUUAUGACCACGACGACUGGCUUCACACGCCUCUCAUUUCUCCUGAUGCCAGUAUCGACUUAACAACUGAGCAAAUAGAAGAGACGCUGAAAUACUUCCUUUUAUGUGCUGAAAGAGUGGGCCAGAUGACUAAAACAUACAAUGACAUAGAUGCUGUUACACGACUUCUAGAAGAGAAAGAGCGGGAUUUAGAAUUAGCUGCUCGAAUUGGCCAGUCAUUGUUAAAGAAGAAUAAAUCACUAACCGAGAGAAAUGAAUUCCUUGAGGAGCAAGUAGAGCAUAUCAGGGAAGAGGUUUCUCAGUUGCGCCAUGAACUGUCCAUGAAGGAUGAGCUGCUUCAGUUUUAUACCAGUGCUGCUGAAGAAAGUGAGCCAGAGUCCAUCUGCUCAACACCGUUGAAGAGGAAUGAGUCUUCCUCCUCCGUCCAAAACUAUUUUCACUUGGAUUCUCUUCAAAAGAAACUCAAGGACCUUGAAGAGGAGAAUGUUGUGCUUAGAUCAGAGGCCUGUCAGCUGAAGACUGAAACAAUUACCUACGAAGAGAAAGAACAGCAGCUUGUAAAUGACUGUGUGAAAGAGCUGAGGGAUGCAAACAUCCAGAUUUCCAGUAUCUCGGAGGAGUUAGCAAAGAAAACUGAAGAUGCUGCCCGGCAGCAGGAAGAGAUCACUCAUCUUCUUUCUCAGAUAGUUGAUCUACAGAAAAAGGCAAAAUCUUGUGCAGUCGAAAAUGAAGAACUUGUCCAGCAUUUGGGAGCAGCUAAAGAUGCCCAGCGUCAGCUCACAGCAGAAUUGCGGGAGCUGGAAGACAAGUAUGCAGAGUGCAUGGAAAUGCUUCAUGAGGCGCAGGAGGAGCUGAAGAACCUUCGGAACAAGACGAUGCCAAAUGCCAUAUCACGUCGCUACCACUCACUAGGCCUCUUCCCCAUGGACUCUUUGGCAGCAGAGAUAGAAGGAUCAAUGCGAAAAGAACUGCAACUGGAUGAGCCAGACUCUCCUGACAUAAUUCACCAGAAGCGGGUCUUUGAGACUGUGAGAAACAUAAACCAGGUUGUCAAGCAGAGAUCCCUGACUCCGUCUCCAAUGAAUAUCCCAGGAUCUAACCAGUCUUCUGCAAUGAACUCAGUCAUUUCUAGCUGUACCAGCACUCCACGUUCCAGUUUCUAUGGGGGAGACAUCUCCAACAAUGUGAUAGACAACAAGACCAAUAGCAUCAUUCUAGAAACAGAAUCCUCUGACGUUGGAAAUGAAGACAAGAAUAAGAAGCCUGGAACUCCAGGGACACCUGGUUCUAGUGACUUGGAGACAGCUCUUCGAAGGCUGUCCCUUCGGCGAGAGAAUUACCUCUUAGAGCGGAGGUUCUUUGAAGAAGAGCAGGAAAGGAAGUUGCGGGAACUGGCGGAGAAGGGUGAACUCCAUAGUGGUUCCAUUACACCAACAGAAAGCAUCAUGUCAUUGGGAACUCACUCCAGGUUUUCAGAAUUCACUGGAUAUUCAGGAAUGUCCAUCAGCAGUCGCUCCUACCUGCCAGAGAAGCUUCAGAUUGUGAAGCCCCUUGAAGGUUCAGCCACUCUGCAUCAUUGGCAGCAGCUAGCUCAGCCUCACCUGGGGGGAAUCUUAGACCCAAGGCCUGGGGUUGUCACUAAGGGCUUCAGAACUCUGGACCUCGACCUGGAUGAAGUGUAUUGCCUUAAUGAUUAUGAAGAAGAUGAGACAGGUGACAUUUCUUACAAGGGCCUAACUACCUCGACGCCAAUUCAGCACACACAGACCUCAGGUGAGAGGUCACAAGCACAAGUGACUGUUUCAGACAGCAAGAAUAAUCCAAGCCAGUCUCAGGCUUUCACAGAGGAGAUGCAGGAGUCCACGACUGCCGAUGAUGAGGGGUCUGUACAUCAUCCUGGGAAGUGCAUGUCACAAACCAACUCCACCUUCACCUUCACCACCUGCCGCAUUCUGCACCCUUCUGAUGAGCUCACACGAGUCACUCCAAGCCUUAAUGCGGCCCCUACUCCAGCUUGCGGCAGCCUUGGCAAUUUGAAAGGCACCCCGGUCGCUACCCCAUGCACCCCUCGGCGCCUAAGCUUGGCAGAAUCCUUCACUAACCUUCGGGAAUCCACAACUACGAUGAGCACAUCCUUGGGCCUGGUGUGGCUGCUUAAAGAACGAGGCAUCUCAGCAGCAGUGUACAAUCCACACAGCUGGGACAGGGCCAGCAAAGGCACCAUCCUGAACCCGUACUCUCCUAAAAUGGCGAUCAUUCCUUCCACUCCUCCGAACUCACCUAUGCAGACUCCCUCUUCUUCCCCACCUGCUUUUGAGUUCAAGUGCACCAGCCCUCCUUAUGACAACUUCCUUGCUUCCAAACCUGCCAGCUCCAUUUUGAAGGAGGUGAGAGAGAAAAAGAACAUCAGGAACAGUGAGAGUCAGACCGACGUGUCUGUCUCCAACCUUAACCUUGUGGACAAAGUAAAGCGGUUCGGGAUUGCCAAAGUAGUUAGCUCGGGGCAAACGCAAGCGCCUCCCUUAACUGAUGAUGAGGGACCUCUUCUCUGUGGGGCACAAGGACCAGUAAGGGCCUUUGUUCCCCGAGGCUUGGCCCCAGAAGGCCUUCAGUUGGGCUGCCCUUCUGCAACAAGUGCUAUCGGGGGUAUUCAGCUGAACACUGGCAUUCGAAGGAAUCGGAGCUUCCCAACCAUGGUGGGUUCCAGCAUGCAGAUGAAGGGCCCUGCAACUCUCACUUCUGGCAUCCUAAUGGGAGCCAAGCUCCCUAAGCAAACUAGCUUACGAUGAAGGACUACAUUUUUAUGGCUAGACUUUUAAAGAGAUACCAAGAACCCGCCUCCAACUUUUUUUCUUCCAUUGCCUCCUGAGUUUGACAAAUCAACUUUGUGCCUAAUGGGAGAGUGUGUAAACUUUGUACAGUUUGUAAAUAUGUACCAGAUAUAUUGUAACUAAUUUGUUUAUUUUACUGUUCAGUUGAGUGCAAAAUGUUCUGACACUGCAGUUGCUGUAUUAGGGUUUAACUUGCUAACCUUCUGAAAGGUGUUUGUUUUUUUUAAGAUGCACUGAAAAAAACAAAAACAAACCACAAUCCAUGGAUGGAAGAAUAUGAAUUCUGUAGCUAGCCUAACUUGACCUAGCAUAGCAAGGUUAUUGACCAUGUUAUCUGAGACAUUGGAAUAACAGCAACAGGGAGCAUUUGUGCUUCGGUAAGUGCUAAACAAAGUAGUCAGCUUAGCAUCUGUGUUAAUUUCAUUUUGCCCUUGUGGAUGAAGUGGGUUAUCCAAGCGUGUGGCAGUUAUGCUUGAAUUGAUGAGACAUUUUUCUGUUUUUGUUUUGUUUUUCCUGGUAUGAUAAACUUGAACUAGUACUAUGUUUUGAGGUCAACAGGCCUGCUAUGUGCCUGGAAAAAUGACACAUUUCCACUACUGCUGUUUCUUCUGGCACAUCUGUAUUCUGUGUGAUUCACUUUAUUUUUUUCAAUAUUGCACUGGAUUGUGGAAGGAAAAAUGCUUUACAUUGUGUUCUCUUGCUGACACUGAAAAUCACACCUUACAAACAAUCCCUAAAGAGACUAGUUUUCACACUCACAAGAUAACAUGGCAACCACUUCCUGGGAGCCAGAGUCACUGAACAGAUUGGAAAACUGUCUUGUUUGAAAAGAUCGUUUGGCGAAAGCAGUCUUGGAAAAAGGUGUGUGCUUGAAAUAUCAUGCAGGGAAGAACCACAAAAGUAUUUAGUAACAGAAUAUGGUACAAGCAAGGGAAAGCAGCUUUUGAGCUUAUAUUUGACUUUUUGCUACAGGUUUUAUAUAUAAAGAAAACAAUCCACUAAGUGGUUUUAUAACAAGGUGAGGCUAUUUUCUACUUAGCUUUCAUCAUUUUUCAUAGAAACCUGUUUCCAUCCACGUGUUGUAAACUUGCCAGAAGUAACAGCCAUUUGAAAACAUAUUUGUAUUCCCCUGCUAUAAUAAGCCCAUGUGCUUUCAAUCAGAAAAGCCCAGUAUUUGUUAGAAUUUUCUUUCCUGUCCCUCCCAGUUUUAUGCAAGGUGCUUGCAAGAAUAUUUGUUAGCUCUUAACAUAGAAAGGGACAAAACAUUUCUGUAGCCAAGAAAAGAUUAUUUUUGAGCUUUCAUUUAAAAAAUCAGCAUCUGCUUUUUCCCUUGUAGUCUCUGUGAAGUUUAAAAUCAAGCAGCCAGUUUAUUUAUUGCCACCAAUACUGCACUACGUGUAAUUGCCGUGAAUUGCCAUUUGUACCAGACUGUUACUAAAUCAUUAGCACUGAUCAUUUCUUGUAUCAAUGGAACUGUCUUUUAGUCUUUGUGACAAAGAGAAGGAUGUCUUUGAAUGAAGUAGAUAUUACAAUAGUGCAAUGAUAUUUUGAGAGAAAACACAUGAGCCAAAUAUUGCAUGUGUUUGAAGACUUCUAUUUAUUCUAUGAACUUUAAAAAAAAGUUUUAGUAAGAUGUCAUCAGCUCUGUUUGCUGUUGUAUAUGUGCACUUACUGCAAGUAACUUUAAAUAUCUUUUUAUUUGAAUGUAUCUUUAAAACUAGAUAGAAUAACAAUUAGAUCUGAAAAAUAAUUGAGUUAUAUGGGCCGUUUUAUGUACCCAGAGAGAGAGAGCAAUACCAUGUGAGAAUUAAAAAUGUAAAAGCUAAUCAUGCAAUUUGGAAAAUAUUAUUAUUUAGCCUUUAAAUCAACAGUAGGAGCUGUCCAACCACCAGAAAGCAGUUGUAACACAUCAGAAAGAUAAAAUUUACAUUUUCUUCACUAAUGAAUAUCAAUAAAACAAAAUAAAAAUUA